AUGCCUGGAGUGUUACUGGAAGAGCCUCUCUUGCAGAGCAGAGGUGCUACUUUGAGGAAGCUAGCACCUACAUUCGCGGCUGAGAUUGUUGGGCUCGACCUCUCAAGCGCUCCGUCUGUUGAAGCAUUUCAAGAAAUCAAGGAUGCUGUCACAAAGUACGGCGUUGUUGUGAUCCGCCAGACCAAUCUUACCGAUGAAUCUCACAUCGCUCUGGGCCGUCAGUUUGGAGAGCUAGACGAUAUCACGCCUUAUCUUGCUGCUGGGCGAAAAAACCGACUUAAGUAUGUUGAGCUAUUUGAUGUCAGCAAUGUCGAGGAAGAUGGAUCCAUCGUCCCUUUGACAAGCCCAAAGGGUCAACACGGUAAGGGCAACUCGCUCUUCCACGUCGACUCCUCCUUCAACCCACGGCGCGCAGGCUUCUCGCUCCUCCUCGCCCAUGAGCUCCCGCCUCCCAACAUGGGCGGCGCCACAGCCUUCGCCGAUACGCGCACAGCGUAUGACGAUCUUUCCGACGACCUGAAGGCCGAGCUGGUCUCCCAGAACUACAUCGCCUUUCACUCUAUGCAUCAUUCUCGUAAACUCGCCAGCCCGGAAUACUUCGCCGAUCUAGACCCAACGCAGUACCCCAUGGGCAAGCAUCGUCUCGUCCAGCGCCACGAAGCGUCCGGACGCAUGAAUCUGUACGUUGCGGCGCACGUGCAUCAUCUGGAAGGGCCCGACGGGCAGCAACCUCCGGCAAAGCUGUUCGAGGACCUGUACAAGCACGCUUGUGACGACAAGUACGUAGUGCAAAUCGAAUGGCAGAAUGCGGGAGAUAUGAUUAUUUGGGACAAUACGUGUGUGAUGCACAGGGCUCUGGGCGGGGAGUUUCGGACGAAGUACAGAAGGGACAUGAGGAGGGUCACGGUGCAUGAUGGGAGCUCGACAGCUUGGGGACUGAAUGAGAAGACCGACAAGAGGGCUGGCAUGCCAUAA